AUGUCAGAGCUCUUUGGUAACCUGACCAGUCUAAGAUACCUUGAUCUCUCUGGAGCUGGUUGUAGUGGUGCAAAUCCAGCGACCAUGUGUUCUCUGUCCAAUUUAGAACACCUUGAUCUUAGUGACAAUGACCUCCGCGGGAGAAAACUUCAGGAGCUCAUCGGUAACCUGACCAAUUUAAGAUACCUUGAUCUCUCCGGUGCAGAUUUUGGUGGUCAACUUCCAAAUCAAAUUGGAAAUCUGAUUCUCCUUUUGCUCCCUAGUCUGCGAAACUUGACUUUAUCUGGAUGUCAACUUCCUCCUCCAACUAUUUCUAGUACUCUUACUGAAUUUAAUACUUCUCGGUCUCUUGCUUUUGUUGAUCUUGGUAAGAACAACAUCACUUCAUCAGUGUUCAAAUGGUGUAACUACAAUACCAGCCUUGUUUUUCUUGACCUCUCCUCCAACGAAGGAUGCCAGAUUCUUUUGCCAAGUUAUGUGCUUUGCAAUACUUGGAUAUUUCGUCCGAUUUCAGGCAUUGGAGGAAUUAUAUGUCUAUUCAAAUUAGUUAAGCGGAACAAUCCCCGAGAGCAUUGGGAAUUUGACCAUGCUAGAGAUUCUGGAUACUUCCAUUCUGAUUCGAAAUGGGUUCCUCCUUUUCAAUUGGAGUCACUAUUGUUGAACUCUUGCAAGAUGUCGUUAUUUCCUGAGUGGCUUCAAACUCAGAAAAAUCUUGACUUUCUUGCUAUUUCUGGUUCUGGAAUCUCUGAAAUAAUUCCAUGUUGGUUUUGUGAAUUGUUUCGUUAUAUACCACAGUUGGACCUUUCUUGCAAUGAGAUUAAGGGAACAUUGGCAGAUUUAAAAUUCGAGUUUGCGUAUCACCCCGCAGUUAAUUUGAGUUGGAACAAAUUGGAAGGUCGAGUCCCUUCAUUCCUUUCAAAAGCUUCAAAGUUGGAUCUCUCCAAUAAUAAGUUUUCAAAGUUGGAUUCUUUCUUGUGUGCAACCAGAGUUAGUUACUUGAACUAUCUUGAUCUCUCAAGCAAUCAUAUGUCUGGAGAAAUUCCCAAUUGUUGGAAGCAAUUUGGAGAUCUAGUCUUUCUUGAUUUGAGUAACAAUACUUUUUCUGGAAACAUUCCAUCUACAUUGAGCUCAUUAUCUUCUACUCAAACACUGAAAGUAGAUAACAACAUGUUUGUGAAAGUAGAUAACAACAUGUUUGAGGGGGAAUUGCCUUCAUCCUUCAAGAAUUGCACGAAUUUAAAGGUUUUCGAUAUUGAAAACAAUGAAUUAUCCGGACCUAUACCUGAAUGGUUAGGAGUUGGAGUUUCAAAGUUGGUUAUCAUUAUCCACGUGGGCUAG